CACUAGUGUCGUUGGGUCUCCGAGCUGCGCGCUUUUUGUUGAUGAUCUAAGCGCAGGUGCGCGGCUGAGCGCUUCUGCAUCUUCAUUUCGCAGAGAUGGCAGUGAUCUAACACUAUCAAGGACUGGAGACCACCACAAAAAAAGCCAAAGAGAAAAAAAGGAAACUCUCAGACGAGGAAGAUCAAUCUGCAUCAACUUAAAGCUUCUGAUCAGCAGAUAAAAACAUGGAAUCCAGCUCUGGAGAAAUUGACAAAAAUAGAGAGGAGCUCACAGGAAGGAAGAAGUCACGUUUUAAGCAGCUGAAGACACGUCUCUUUGGGAAACUGAAGAAAAAGGAAAGCGAAGGGCUGAUAAAACAAAGCCAGUCUGCCAGUGACAUCAUGGCUCCGGAGGGCAGAAGAGAAGGCUACGACUCUGAAGACGAGUUUACGUUCCCGCACGGUCUGAGCUCCAGGGCGCUUUCCCAUGACAGCAUCUUCAUUACAGACCAGACCCUGUCCACUGAACCGACCCGGGUUCUUUCACAAGAAAACGUUCAUGGCAAAAUCAAGGCUUUACAAUUGAAACUACAGCAGCAGAACUUACAUCUAGGUCCUCCUCCGAUGCUGAUUCCUGGUAAACGCACAGAGGACUCAGGAACCACUUCAGAGGACGAUGGUUUACCUUGCAGCCCACCUGAGAUGUCCUUCCAUGAGCGAGUCGUGCAUGGAGCAGUUUACAAGUAUCCCGGAUCUCAGAAACAUCUGAGCUCUCUGAGCUUAGCAGGAACAGGAAGCGAAGAAGAGGAGCAGGGGGAUCCUUUCCAGCCAUCAUCGAGACCUCUAUCCCCAGUCUCCAAGUAUCUGUCCCCUCAGCCAAUCAUCUCUCCCGCCUCAGCCUUGACCACGCCCACUGCGGGAGCUGACUUCAGUAGCCCUGCAGGGUUCAUGCCCAGGUUGGAUAACUCAGCUGCUCGUCACCGCAUGUCAGUCAAACCAAGGAACCAACGAGCCAGCACAAGAGGAAAACGAGUGCCACCGGUAUCUCUUUCUCCCAGGCAUCGUUCAGAAAGCAUCAGUGAUUUGGAUAAUGUUCUGUCUGAAGAAGAAGAAGAAGAUGAUGAAACCGUGAUGUCCACGGAGACAGUAAACCAUUACUUGUACUCCUCUCUGAAUUUGGAGCUAACACAGAAACCCACCACUCCAGAACCUACAGAAACAACUCCGGAAAAGUCAGCACAGGACCAAGAGGAGAACCCUAACAGAACUCUGGGUGUUGAAAUCCCAAGGUCAGAAGAGUUUCUUGAAACUGAGGGGGAAGUCACCUCAAAUCCUCUUUAUUUGCAGCCUUUGUCCUUCAGCUUGAUCCUCUCAGGUCCACCGUCGCCUUCAGGACUUCCAGAAUCUACAGCACCGUCAAGAGAAAUAGAGUUUUUAAGAGCCCAUUCACCUAUCCAGACACAUGAUAGAAAUGAUAUCCAGAUUCAGACGUCUGACACAGAUAAAAAGGAAACACUUAGACCACAUGCUUUACCUCUGCCUCGCUUAAAAAAGCACAAAAUGGAAACAAGGAGCCCUCCGUCUCCAAAAGGAGCUGAGGAGGCCUCAACGAAACCUUGGGAAGCUGAAGUAGAAACUGCACCUAACGCUGGAUCAGUCCAGUUUUUAAUUGCAUCUGCAAAGUAUCGCUCCAAAGCAACCAGUGAGACAAAGCAGAACGAGGGUCAUUUGAAAGAUUCUCCAGGAAUCAAGACCCAAGCCGUCAAACCCAAUCCAGAGUCGCAGAAAGAUGAAGUGAGAGAAACAAAACCAACAGAGCUUCAGUAUCUCCUCCAUCAAACUCAAGAGAGAAAAAGCAGUUUUUGUAGAGAAGUGCCACCAGCUGUAAUGUCCAAACCAACAACAGGAACCAAUCUUAGGAAGUCAGACGCUGCUGCAGAACAUGUGGAAACAGAGAAACCGGAGGAACCUGAAGACAGGAAGAUUGCUUUUGGGGUGCAGCUCCGCACAACCUCUAUGUCACUAAAAUAUCGCACGGAUGUUUCCAAAAUCAAGGAUGAAACCAAACGGUACAGUUUAGAGUCUAAUACGGUGACAGAAGUCUCAGAAGAGCAUGCUGGGAAAGCAGAAACCUUUGGGAAUUAUUUGCAUGACAGCAAUUCCAAGAGUAAACCUAGUGUUCCCAAAAAACUAGAUUCACAGAACCUGGACUUUCAGCUUGCCGCCCAAGACUACGGUAGACCAUCUAUCCAAAACACAACAGGAGCAAGUCAAGAGGCUGUGUCUGAGCCGGGCUGGAUGAGUCUGGCCAGAGAGAAGACCAGAGCCUACCAGCCAUUCUUGGGCAGAUUAUCCACGAAUCAGUCACCAGUCCACCCUUCAUCUCCAACAGCUCCUCCUGCACAGCCUCCCAAACCAGUCUUCCAGCCUAAAACACCGCUUCUGAGCACCUCGCUUCAUCCACUGAAAGCAGCCAGCCUACAGACCUCACCCAGACUUCCAGCAAAACCAGCACCUGGCAGAACAAAAGACCGGCAGGACAAAGGCAGGAACAGUACACCAGAAGAUGACUCAGCAAAGAGAGCAGCAAGACCCAUAACACCUAACAACAACACUGAAGUAGCACUUACUCUCACACCUGAGCCUCCAGCAACCUCAUCAUCAUCAUCAUCAUCAUCAUCACCAUCAGCAACAGACAUCUCUCAUCAGCAGCAGCCACGGUCAGAUGGAGCUCAGCCGUCCUGGUUGGAGCUCGCCAAGAGGAAGUCUUUAGCCUGGAGUGACAAAACUUUAGAAUUGAGCUGAGACAUUCAGUGAUGAACUGAUGAAGUGGUGCAAUAUCUAACGUUACAAUGAAUGAAUGUAAUACUGUGUGUUUGUACAUGACUGAUCGAGUGUGAGUGAGUGAGUGAGAGAGUGAGUGAAUGAGAGAGAGAGAGAGAGAGAGAGAGAGAGUGAGUGAGUGAGAGAGUGAGUGAGUGAAUGAGUGAGUGAGCGAGUGAAUGAGUGAGUGAGCGAGUGAGAGUGAUUAUUUUUAAAUUAGAAUUCAUUAUAAAGAUUUUUGUAAUAUGAUACAUAGUUACUGAUCAAGCCUUGUUAUAUACAUAAUCCUUAUCAAAGAAGAACAUGUACUGUAUAUAAUUAUGUAGUUCAUCAUCAUCUAUGUAGUACGUUGUUACAUCAAAACAGCUUAUUCUCAAGUCUGAGUGAUAAUAAAUUAUGAAGUUAAAUAGUUGAUAGUUUGGGCCGAGUUAUUGCAUUAUAUAAUAAUAUAUUAUAGUGGCAUAACAAAAUGCAAUAUUGCACAAACACAUUUCAAGCUAAAUACACCUGUUUUUGUAAGCAUAUUAUUAAUGAAUAUUUAUUUCAAAAUUGCAUUCAGCUAGUUCUUGAGAUGUCUCACAAUUGUUCCAUUUUGCAAACAAAUAGAAAAACAGCAGUAAGAAUAAACUGUAACAACAAAGGAUGAAGGGCAUCACAAACAUAAGUUAAAUUCAUUAAACAGAGAUCAGGUUUAGGGCUUUUUGA